CAAACCCAGCCGAACCACGCCGAGCCGAGCAUUUAGUCCCGCCGCCCCACACAGAGGCAGCCGCGGAGGGAAGAUGACCUGGUAGCGCAUCUUUACGCACCCGAGCCGCCGUCCGCCCCUCAUAAAGCCACUCUCUGCCUCUCUACGGUUCAUUUGCUCGCCGAGACCAUGGAGACGGCAGUUCCCAGGAGCGAUGUUUUCAUCUCCCAGCUGCUCCUUUUCAGCCAGAUAGUUGUGGCAGCAGAGCCGCUGGUCCGAGGCCUGAGGAAACUCCCCGAAGAUAUCGACUGGUCGUACUCAGGUACCCUAAACCAGCGCAACUGGGGUAAAAAGUACCCAUCCUGUAACAGUGCCAGGCAGUCUCCUGUGGACAUCGAUGAGAUGUUCACCCAGGUCAGGCUGCAGUACCAGAAUCUGCAACUCGAAGGCUGGGACCAACUGACGGCGGAGUCCAGCACCAUCCACAACAACGGGAAGACUGUGGCCAUCACUGUGGAAGGGGAGUUCUUUGUGAGUGGAGGAGGGCUGAGCUCCAGGUUCCGUGUUGGUAGAAUCAACUUCCACUGGGGGCGCUGCAACGUGACCUCAGAUGGGUCUGAACACAGCCUGAAUGGGAUGAAAUACCCUCUGGAGAUGCAGAUCUACUGUUACGAUCCAGAUGACUUCCAAAGUCUGGACGAGGCUAUUAGGGAAGGAGGGAGGACCGCUGCCUUGGCGGUGCUCUUUGAGAUCAGCCUGGAAGACAACGAGAACUUCAGUCCUGUUAUAGAAGCCGUCAACACUGUCAGCAGGUUUGGUAAGAGCGGAUCGAUGGAAGCCUUCACCUUGCGGUCCUUGCUUCCAAAUAACACAGAUAAAUAUUACAUCUACAAUGGCUCACUAACUGCACCUCCCUGCUCUGAGACGGUGGAAUGGAUCAUCUUUAAACACACUGUAGCUAUAUCAGAAACACAGUUGGAGGUGUUUUGCGACGUGAUGACGAUGGAGCAGGCUGGGUAUGUGAUGCUGACGGAUUACCUGCAGAACAACUUCAGGGAGCAGCAGCAGCAGUUCAUGGGUCAGGUGUUCGCCUCGUACACCGGAGUGGAGGACGUGCUCACACCCAUCUGCAGCUCGGAGCCAGAGAACGUUCAGGCCGAUGCCCAGAACGACACGACCAUCAUGGUGAUGUGGGAGCGUCCCCGCGUGGUUUACGACACCACCAUCGACUGGUACACGGUCACCUACCAGAGGCUGCAGGGCAGAGACCAGAGCAAGCAGGAAUACAGAACAGACGGGGACCAGGACGUGGGUGCCAUCAUCCCCAGCCUGCUCGCUAACAGCAGCUAUGUGGUUCAGGUGGUCGCUGUUUGCACCAACGGACUCAGAGGACGAUGGAGCGACCAGAUUGUAGUGGACAUGCCAUUAGAAGACCCUGAAAGCGAUUCAGAUCCUGACACUGUCACAAAAGACUUGGAAGGCAACAAGGAGGUCUCAUCUAAAGCCAGAUGGGAGAAACCAGAGAACCAGAAUCAGGUGGAUUUGUCUCCAGAGGACCACAGCCCCGUGGAGGAGAUCCCAGUGGAGCAGACUAGAGUUUACCAGAACCAACCUAAGCACCAACAGAACCAGCCCGGACUCCAAACCCAAACAAACCAGAACUUCCCAGUCCAGGCCAGCACCCGUUCGACUCCAAAGACUCCCUCCGAGUCUGCCGUUUUACAGAAAACGCGACUCAACCAGAAUGUGAAAAAGAAGCCGAUUUGGAAUAAGGAGGAACCCGAUUAUGUGAAUCAGAACUGGAUUGACGAGGACCAGGAGGUCCCAACACACCAGCCGAUCAAUAAGGCAGGUUUUGACGGCAAUGGGGCAAUAUGGGUAACUGAUGUAACUGAGCAGCCAGGCUUCCUGUUUCCAGUUGCUCGGACAACUACCCUGCCGACGAUCCGCCGACAAAUCACAGAAGAGGCCUCGCUGUCAGUGCUUCCACAUCAGUCAAGGGAUCCACCAGACCAAGCUGAUGAAACUGAGCUCCCCUCUCCCCAGUCGGACCUCUACACCCCUCCUGUGGAGGACAUCCAAGUCACAGAUGUCUUCUAUGAAGACACAGUCAACAACUCUCCACUAGAAACCCCCACCUCUGCCUCAACAGUGUCUGCUGCUGCUGCUGCUGCUGCUGUGUUGUCAGGUAACGAAAUGGAUGAAUUCUCACCACCGUCCUCCGACGAUGGUGAUGCCCCUGUAAACAAACCCCUACCAGAAACCAUCACCUUAGUGUCCUCCACACCCUCCCCCCUCUGGAUAACGGCGAGGGCAGCGACCGCCAGCAACACACUCGCUGAGUCAGUCUACAAAUCAUUCACCACCUCCUCUCUGCUCAGGGUGCUGAUGCACACAACCCAGCCCAUGUUUAAUGAGGGCAGCAACAGCAGCCACGAGUCUCGGAUCGGGCUGGUCGGAGGUGUGGAGAGGGAGAAGAGGACAGUGGUUCCUCUGGCUGUCGUCUCCACUCUCACCAUCCUCUGUCUCCUGGUACUUGUGGGCAUACUCAUCUACUGGAGAAAUUGUUUCCAGGCGGCUAAUUUCUACCCAGAUGACGGUGCAUCACCUAAAGUCAUAUCAGCUCCAUCUACACCCCUGCUGCUGGCCACAGAUGGUCACGAGCCGCUGACAGUGAAGCAGUUUGUGAAGCAUGUCAUGGAGCUGCACACCACCAACACCUUCUCCAAGGAUUUUGAGAUUGUCAAAGAAUCCUAUGAGGAGGUGCAGGCGUGCACGGUGGACAUGGGCAUCACUGCCGACAACUCCAAUCACCCUGACAACAAAAGCAAGAACCGAUACAUCAACAUACUGGCCUAUGACCACAGUAGAGUCAAGCUCUCCAGCAGUUUGGACAGAGAUGGGAAAUGCGGGGACUACAUUAACGCUAACUUUGUAGACGGUUAUGAGCGAACGAGGGCGUACAUCGCAGCUCAAGGGCCUCUCAGAGCGGGCAGGGAAGACUUCUGGAGGAUGAUCUGGCAGCAGAAUGUUGGCGUUAUUGUCAUGAUCACCAACCUCAAGGAGAAAGGACGGACAAAAUGUGACCAGUACUGGCCGGAGGAGAACCAGGAGGAAUACGGUCCAUACCAGGUGUCCCUGAAGAGCAGCAAGACCCUCGCUUACUACACACUGCGGACGUUCACUGUCAGAGACACCACCAAUAAGGUUUCUCAGAGGAGAGUUGAACACACUGUCCUCCAUUACCACUACACCCAGUGGCCAGACAUGGGCGUCCCAGAAUACACUCUGCCUGUCCUGUCCUUCAUCAGAGCAUCCUCCCGGGCACGGACACAGGAGAUGGGACCCGUACUGGUACACUGCAGCGCCGGCGUAGGAAGGACAGGAACCUACAUAGUGAUAGACAGCAUGCUGCAGCAGAUCCAGGAUCAGGGUACGGUGAACGUUCUCGGGUUCCUAAAACAUGUACGGACGCAGAGGAACUUCCUGGUCCAGACGGAGGAGCAGUACGUGUUCAUCCACGAUGCUCUGGUGGAGGCCAUCUUGAGCCGUGACACCUCGGUGACCUCAGACCUCCUCCACACUUAUGUGUCCGACCUCCUGACCCCCGGGGCGUCGGGCAGGACCCGCAUGGACAAACAGUUCAAGUUGAUCAGUCAGCGGCAGGCGAAGCACGCAGACUACAGCACGGCCCUGAGAGACGGCAAUGCUGAGAGGAACAGAGCCAGAGCUCUGAUGCCUGUGGAAAGAUCAAGAGUGUGUCUGACCGCUUCAGAAACAAACGCCACGGGGUACAUCAACGCCUCCUACGUCAUGGGACACCACCACAGUAAGGAGUUCAUAGUGAGCCAGACUCCUCUGAGCAGCACGGUGGCAGAUUUCUGGAGAAUGAUCUGGGAACACAACACGCACACUGCUGUCUGUCUGCCAGACACACACUGUCAGAGUAAGGAGGGCGAGUCUUGUGUUUACUGGCCCAGAAAAGACCAGCCAAUGAGCUUUGAGGGUUUCACUGUGUCGUACUCGGGCGAGGAGCAUGUAUGUCUGUCCAAUGACGAGAGGCUUUUGGUGCAGGACUUCACAAUGGAGUCUCCACAGAACAAUUAUGUGUUGGAGGUGCGCCAGUACAGCGCCACCUGCUGGCCCAACCCAGACAGCCCAAUCAGGAACAGUUUUGAUUUGGUCAACACAGUCAGAGAGCACAGCAGACACUCAGACGGACCCACGGUCAUACACGACCCGUUGGGAGGUACUACAUCAGGGCUGUUCUGUGCCCUCACCACCCUGUGCAGUCAGCUGGAGGAGGAGGGAGCGGUCGACGUCUACCAGGUGGCACGGAUGACCAACCUCAUGAGACCUGGGGUUUUUAAUGAUGUAGAGCAGUACCAGUAUCUGUACCGAGCUGUGCUGAGUCUGGUUAGCAGCCAGGAGGACCAGAGAGCCCUGCAGAGUCCAGAAACUAACGGAUCUGUACCACUGGGACAGACUAACAUCGCUGAGAGUCUGGAGUCCCUCAUGUAGACACACACAAGCACACACACAUACAUGCACAUUGACUCAUUUGUGGUGAGAGGAUGAACAGCAUCAUGUUUGUGUCUGUGGUUAAGAGCUGUGUCCACUGAGCAUGCUAAUGCUUUGAUGUACAGUAUGCUCAAUAAUCAGAGAUCAUUAGUCAAAGUAUAAAAAUAAAAUAAUAAUAAGUGAUCGAGUCGUACAUUAAGUAAUCCAAAUCAGCGUAGGUUUGAGUCACUUACCUUUAGAUUAUAUCUAAUGAAAACCAACACCCCACUUUUAUGAUGAGUGAAUCCCAUUAAAUAGGAGCUCAAACAACUUGCAGUUUGCUUUUUACCAUUUACGUUGUUUCUUUUUGACACAGUUCACAUGUGUCUCAUUUGCCCACCAAACACGUCUGGCAGCUGCAGACAGGUCAUUAAAAGUGAUGACCUUUACUUCUCAUACUGUCAGCAUUAGCAUGCACAGCAGACUAAGCUACACAAUCUACCAGACACAGAGCUCAUGUCUGACCAACCCGCCAUGAUGUGAAAGGUACCACUGUCUGAUCAGGCAGCCGGGUUUUAGUUAAUUAAUUAAAGGCUAAUAAAUCAUUUAGUAAUACUUUCUAGAUCAGUAAUAAGUCUUUUAAUAAACAAUAUUUGUGUUGCCAGGUUGUGCUUUGAGUUAAUUCUGGAAAAGGGCUGCAGACGAGAUGGACCAAAAUCCAUUUAGUAACAUGUUGCAGACUUGCUAAUUAAAGCCCUUUAUUAAAGGUUUGUUUACAUUUAUAACUCAGACUUGCUAAUUAGAAAGUGAAAACCCAAUUUUUUACAGAAUAGAAAGGAUAAACACGAGCCAAUGGGAUUUCUGCCAACCCAAUAACUGAUCUAUAAAGCAUUGGUGAACGAUUUGAUAGCCAUUGAUAUAGACAUGCGUUUAAAUUCAAAAGUCCUUUAUAACAGGCUCGUUAUUAGAAAGUGGUACCAAAAAAGCUUCACUGCCUUUUCCAAUGAGAGCCUCCAGACGUUCCAGCUGUGUAUGUGUUGCUGCUCAGCGUGCAGCCUGAGGCAGCAGAGAGACGGCAAAAAAACCUUUUGAGGGCUUUCAUUAAAAAACAUCAGAAAGAAUUUCUAUCUAAAAUAAUUUUUCUUAAUGAUGGAGUCAGUUAUUUAAUUCCAGUAACAGGCCUACCCUCAAUUUCUAAAUUAAUCUUUAACAUUUAUUCCUUUUAUUUGAACAAUUGUUAUUUUUUGCUUCUUUUUCGUCACUCUCGUGUGUUCCAUCUUUUUUUCUAAAAAACUGAAAUAGAAAUUGCAUCUGCAAAACAGGCAAAAC